AUGGUAACUGCCGCCAAGGGUCUAUUUACACGACAACCCGAAGAACCAGAAACACAUCUCAGUGGCACCUCAACUGCCACCAACGCAAAGAUGGUGACAAGUACCCGACAAGGAGUUAUCGCAUCUGAAGGUGCGAAUGGAAAGCGCAAGGCUCAGGUAGCGACCGCUGGGAAACCCGAAGCUCAGCAGACCAAGCGCAGAAAAAGCGACCUGAAGGCCAGCGAUGGAGACGCCACGACAAACACACCCGCAAAGACAGCACCUGCGGGUAAGAAGAUUCGAUUUGGCAGUGAAGAACCUGAACCAAUCGAAGAACCGGCGGAAGAAGUUUUGGAAACACCAAUCCAGAACGAUGACGGCGAAGAUGACAGCGACGACGACGCACCAGAGACUAUUGAUAACUCUGCCCAGCUUCUGAAAAUCAAGGAGCAGGCCAAGAAGCAAGAAGCAGCGAAGCAAUUAGAAGAGCAACAGAAGAGAGACAAGCGACGGAAACUCGAUGAGCUUCGCAAAUCGCAAGCUAAAUCGGCUCUCAAGACCAAAGAGACUCCAGCCGAUGAUAUGCAAUCCGAGAGCACAGCUACCAUCCAAGGCAUUACCACUCAAGAUGCACGACGGGCGGCUCUUCCGGCUUUGCUUCCUGAUGACAUUCUGAACGCCGAACCCGCCAUUCGCCCUCCCACACCCCCGGCCGAAGACCAGUUUGCUCUGCCCAAGAAGUCAAAUAAGUUGAGAUUCUGGGACAAGCAUGAUAAGCUUCCCAAGGAUAUUAACCUGGGAGAUGUCAAUAUCCGGGUGCUCGAUGCGCCGUCUACGAAGAAGUCUACAAAGCCCGCGCUACCCCCCAGGGUUUCCAAAGCUGGCCGGAACCUCAAGACUAGCAUGCUCCAGAAGGCCCGUACUACAGCCCAACGCAAUGGGCUCCGACAGAAAGCAGGCGGUCCUUCUGCAUUUGUCCGCCGGUGA